AAAUUACAUUCCCUGUGCGCAUGUGCAGCCUGACGACCAUCACACACGUGGGGUCAACGUUUGGAUCUAGUGCAUGCUGCAGAUAAUAGUCGUUUUGUGGCGCUAUUAAAACUCGAAUGAAACAAGAAUAAUUCACGUUUCGAUUGUAUUUAUAUUCUGAAGACAAAUCAAAUAGUCCUCCGUGAAGCAUUUCGCCGAGAGGGCCGGAUUACAAAAAUGAGUGAGCCCCAAGUGAACCCAAAGGCCUACCCUCUGGCCGACGCCACCCUGACCAAAACCAUCCUGGACCUGGUGCAGCAAGCCUCCAACUACAAGCAGCUGAGGAAGGGAGCUAACGAAGCCACUAAGACUUUAAACCGAGGCAUUGCUGAGUUUAUAGUCAUGGCUGCUGACGCUGAACCGCUGGAGAUCAUCCUCCACCUGCCACUUCUCUGCGAGGACAAGAACGUGCCGUAUGUGUUUGUCCGCUCCAAGCAGGCGCUGGGCCGAGCCUGUGGGGUGUCGCGCCCCGUCAUUGCUACCUCUGUCACCAUAAAGGAGGGCUCUCAGCUCAAGCCACAGAUUCAGUCUGUUCAGAUGGCUAUUGAGAGACUGCUGGUGUGAUUUCUAAGCACUGUUUCAACAGCAGCUCAGCUGGGUUGAUGCAUCCACAAUUCCAUCUUAUUUUAUGUUUGGUAAAAGAAAAAAAAAGUGCUAAUCAAAUGGAUAUUUUGUUUGCUUUUUUAAGUUGAUUUUAGUUUUCACUUUGCACAGCCAUCACCUGUUUAAUAAAGUCAUUCUUUUUAAAUCUUUA